ACUAGUAUUAUUUAUACUCUGGUUUACUUCUUUUUAUGGAAUUUAACUUAGUUUUAGAUAUUAUUUAAAAAUACACAACCACAUCGAGAUUCCCUCCUUAAAUUACCGACUCAAAUAAUAAUAAUAAUAAAUCCGAAAUCUAAAAUUUAAUAAACAAAAAGUAGAUAAACGAAUCAUAAUCUCACGUCACUAGCUCCCGUUCCGACACUCUCUCUUUCCGACCACUGUUGUCUAAUAAACUCAAACCCUCUGCAAAUUGUCUUCUUCGCUUCAAACUCCAUCGUCACUUCUCUCUCCUCUCCGCCGGAAACAACCGCCGGCAUUCCCUCUUUCCCGUCAUGGAACUCAAGAGCUUCCGCCGCUCUUCUUCCUUCAUAUUCCUCCUCUCAGUAACGUUUAUUAUCCCAACGGCGAUAGCUUCAAUCGGAGUAAACUACGGCCAAAUCGGAGACAACCUCCCAUCACCGUCCGAAGUAAUCCCACUGAUAAAAUCAAUCGGAGCGACGAAAGUAAAACUGUACGACGCGAAUCCACAGAUCCUCAAAGCUUUCGCCAACACCGGGAUCGAAUUCAUCGUCGGACUCGGAAACGAGUACCUCUCCAAGAUGAAAGAUCCGUCGAAAGCAUUGACAUGGAUCAAACAAAACGUUACUCCAUUUUUACCGGCGACUAACAUCACCUGCAUCACUAUCGGAAACGAGAUCUUAGCUCUCAACGACUCAUCGCUCACCCUCAGCCUCCUCCCCGCGAUGCAAGGGGUUCACUCUGCUCUAACCACCGCGGGACUCUCCGAUCAAAUCUCCGUAACCACCGCACACUCGCUCUCCAUCCUCAAAACCUCGUUCCCGCCUUCCGCCGGGGAGUUUCAACCGGAUCUACUCGACUCACUCACCCCGAUCCUCGAGUUCCACCGGAAAACAGAGUCUCCGUUCUUGAUCAACGCGUACCCUUUCUUCGCUUACAAAGGCAGCCCUAAAGAGGUGCCUCUCGACUUCGUUCUGUUUCAGCCGAACCAAGGAGUCGUGGAUCCGGCCACCGGGUUUCACUACGACAACAUGCUCUUCGCUCAGAUCGACGCCGUGUACUCUGCUUUAGCGGCGGCCGGGUAUAAGUCUUUGAGAGUUGAGAUAUCGGAGACUGGGUGGCCGUCUAAAGGUGACGACGACGAGUUCGGAGCUACGCCGGAGAACGCGAAGAGGUACAACGGGAACUUGAUCAAGAUGAUGAUGAGUGGUAAGAAGACUAAAACGCCCCUGAGACCUAGCAACGAUCUCAGUAUUUACGUUUUUGCCCUUUUUAAUGAGAACUUGAAACCUGGUCCGACGUCGGAGAGGAAUUAUGGGUUGUUUAAACCUGAUGGGACUCAGGCUUAUUCACUUGGGUUUACUUUAAACGAUGUCGUGAGAGGGGCUAGUGGCGGCGGUGGUGGGAAUACUAGUAGUAGCGGUGGAGGAGGAGGAAAGGCGCCGGUGUCACCGGUUUCUCCGGUGGCGCCGGAUAGUGCCUCAACUGGCUAUUUGGCUAUUUCGUAUGCUCCCGUAACGGGGAAAAGAAAAGGGGAAGGUGCAAUAUUGUCAAUGGCGGUGGUGAUGAUGAGCAUGUUACUGGCGAGACACUUACUUUGAUUACACGAAACUGAGUUAACUUGUAGAAGCAAAAGCUAUAUCCAAGCCUUUUGCAUUCUUCCAAAUUCCAGACUACUGCUUGAGCUAUUUUCACGGCUAUUUUUUUUCCCAUAUAAUAUUUAUGUUAGAAAUUCAUUUUGCACCAUAUGUAGCACGAGGAGUCACACUCAAUUCACUUCUAUAUUACCAAUCAAUAAUACUCUUAUUAUGUUAGUGAGGUUCGGUUUAA